AUGCGCCGACCUGGACGACGAAGUAUGAAUGUUGAGCACGAGAUAUUCGCUGGCGAGCCCAGAGAUGCCACAACCACCAACGACGAUAUCCUCACUCGGCUGAUCAAGAGGAUGGAUCAACUCGAAGCAAACAACUCGACCUUGAUUACAGAAAACGAAGCUCUGCGACGAAAGCUGGACGAAGUGGAGUUGAGACUGGAAAAUGUGUCAAUCGAGAUGGAAGAUAUGAGGCAAAAAGUGGCCGUGAUGCGGGAGUCACAACUACGAAACGCCUCCCAACGAGUCCUUGGCAUUACCGAGCUUCUGGAACGAGUCUUGUCGUUUUGCCCACCGAAACAGCUGUUCAGCCUUCGAGACGUAUCGCACACAUUCCGCUCGGCCAUCCAGGAUCUGCCCAAGCUUCGGUCUGUGACCUUCACCAAUCCCAGAGAUGUUAUCGAGCCUGGCCAGGAUGCUGUUUUGAGGAGGGAGCUACAGCCUCCGUUGCAGCUCAACUCCUUCUUCAUGGAAAAGUGGAAGACACCCAAGUCAGACUGUAGUGCCAUCACUCUCCAGUUCAAGGCCGCUCCAUCGAUGGGUGCAACUUACUGGAUCCGUGGCGAUCUAUCUGCGACCUUUUCAAUUUCGAUUGGGAGCCCACAGGAACUCCAAGUAGCCCUAAAAGGCCUCCAAACAGCGGUAGGCCGCACCUACUUGACGCUGCCAGCCUUACCAACUUCCGUCAGGUUGACAUUCCCAGAUCGACUACGGAGACGAACGGGAAAUGAGCAGAUGUGGACUUCGCAGUGGGGUACAAUGCAUCGUGGGGAUGUCUCAGCCAUCGCUGAAGUGGGACCUGCCACAGCGCUCGAUAUGAUGAAAGUAGCUGAGAUUCUGGAACGAAAUCAUGCGGCUGGCGAGAAGGACUGGGUACUGGGCCAGCACGAAACAGGCUGGACGCCAGUAUAUGGAGGCUCGUCGGCUUGCCCUAUGCACAACAACGCCGGAGCACCCGUUGCACCAUUGGAUCGAGAUUCGAAGGACUUUGAACAAUCCCGUCACACAAUCGCCGUCAAACUGCACUCCCGCCCAGCACAGCAGCAAAUCCUUCACAAUGGCCGAGACUACCACUCCCAAGAGACACGCUCCACCAAAUCCCAACGUACAACAUCCCAUCCCCUCUUCCGACUCCGCGGCUUCUACAGUGUCCUCGAGACCCCCGAGCUCCUCGAGAUGAUCAUCCUCGAGAUGGAGCCAUCCGACGUCUUCCGCCUCUGCCGCACCAGCAGAUUUUUCCUCGACACCAUCCGCACAUCCACGGCUAUUAGCAAGCACUUGUGGCUGAAGGCGGAUAAGACCAUCAACGCCUCCUCGCCCGAGCUCAAUCCCGCCGUCUUUGCCAACCGCAACCUCAAGAUGAACCCCUCGACCCCACUCCCAGCCAACGACGUCCGCGGCAACAUGCUCCUCGUGCAGCCCCCAGGCCAGCUCCAUUUCGUGCUCACGUUCGCCCGGGAAGAUGUUGAUAGCUCGCUUGACGGGUAUAUCACAACGAUGUACAUGGAGAAGGGAGCGAGGUACACAGACCUGGAGGAUCUGGUGGGAGAAUGUCUAGAAUGGGUACCUAAGGGCUACAAGGUGGACUGUGCCGAGUCGAUUGUGGAGAUCGAUAUGGAGUGGGGGGGCCAGGAAGAGGGGAAGGAAGAUGAGUAG